AUGCCGACCCAAUCAAAAACCCAAUGGGGUCGGGCCAUUUUCAGCAAAUCCACUGCGCAGCUUGACCGCCAUGCCAAACCUAGCGGUGUCAUUUUAUCAAACAAGACAAUCACUUGCUAUAUUAGAUCCAGAGACUUGGAUUCUGCUCUUAAUGUUUUCACUAAUAUGGCGGUUAAAACAACAGUUACUUGGAAUUCAGUUUCGGCCGGUUUCUCAAUGAAGCGCUGGAAAUUGAGGAAGCCCAGGAACUGUUGUAUUGAGAAUUGCAGAGCUGAGGAUGGUGUAAAGCUUUUUAGAACAAUGGUGGGAUUUGGUAUUCAUCCAAAUUCGUCAACUUUGAACAGCAUUUUGUUAGGGUGUAGUGAGUUGUCUGCUUUGCAGUUGGGCAGGCAAGAGCAUCAACUAGUUUGCAAGUCUCCACUGUCUAAUGAUACAACCGCAGGAACUUCGUUGAUUGGCAUGUAUUGUAAGUGUGGAGUGAUGGAGGACGGUUGGAAAUUGUUUUUGAGGGUUCCACGGAAGGAUGUUGUCACUUGGAAUGAAAUGAUUUCUGGUUAUGAUCAACACAAGGAAGGGAUUAAGGACUUGCAGCUAAACCUGAUCACAUGUAUGGUUGAUCUUCUUGGUCGGGCAGGUAAGUUCGUGGAGGCUGUAGAUUUGAUCGAGAAAAUGCCUUUCAAAUCUCAUGCUGCCAUAUUUGGGACGCUUUUAAGUGCAUGUAGAACACACAAGAACACUGAGAUAGAAGAAAUCUUGAUCCAACGGCUGCAGUUGGACGUGUAUGAUUAUUCCCCAUAA